GUGCGGCCCGGAAGGCGGAGACGUUGGCGGCGGAGGCAGAGGCGGAGGCGGAUAGGGUCAGCCGAAAGCGGAGGCUCGGCCAUGAACUUGCCCGGGACAGCGGCGGCGGCGGAACUGAUAGCAGUCUGCUCGCUACGUGCCCCCUGCUAACAGGACAGAAUGCAAGCUUGUUCCAGGUUUCUGAAGAGGGAGUUCUGCCUUUUUACUGCACUAAGACAAAUUUUAACAUUAUGGCAGGGAGGCAUCAGAAUCGAAGUUUUCCCCCUCCAGGAGUUCAGUCGAGUGGUCAAGUACAUGCAUUUGGAAAUUGUUCAGACAGUGAUAUGUUGGAGGAGGAUGCUGAAGUGUAUGAGCUUAGAUCCAGAGGAAAAGAGAAAGUCCGAAGAAGUACAUCAAGAGAUAGACUUGAUGACAUUAUCGUAUUAACAAAAGAUAUACAAGAAGGAGAUACAUUAAAUGCAAUAGCUCUUCAGUACUGUUGUACGGUAGCAGAUAUCAAGAGAGUUAACAAUCUCAUCAGUGAUCAAGACUUUUUUGCCCUUAGAUCUAUCAAAAUUCCAGUAAAAAAGUUCAGUUCCUUGACUGAAACACUUUGUCCUCCAAAAGGAAGACAGACUUCACGUCAUUCAUCUGUUCAAUACUCUUCUGAACAACUGGAACUUUUGCCAGCUAAUGAUUCUCUUUCUUACAGUGACUCAGCUGGUAGCUUUUUGAAAGAAGUAGACCGAGACAUAGAACAAAUAGUGAAGUGUACAGACAAUAAGAGAGAGAACCUCAAUGAGGUAGUAUCGGCCUUAACAGCACAACAAAUACGUUUUGAACCUGAUAACAAAAACACUCAACGUAAAGAUCCCUAUUAUGGAGCAGACUGGGGAAUAGGGUGGUGGACAGCUGUAGUGAUAAUGUUGAUAGUAGGUAUAAUAACACCAGUGUUUUAUUUAUUGUAUUAUGAAAUUUUAGCUAAAGUGGAUGUUAGUCAUCAUUCAACAGUGGAUUCUUCACAUUUACAUUCAAAAAUCACACCACCAUCACAGCAGAGAGAAAUGGAAAAUGGAAUUGCUCCAACUAAAGGAAUACACUUCGGCCAACAAGAUGAUCAUAAACUGUAUAGUCAAGAUUCUCAGUCACCUGCUGCUCAACGUGAAACAUAGCAAUUAGCUCAUAAUUAAAUGUUAGUGUUCACGUGCAUCUGGAAUGUGGUGAAUAGUUAAAUCCAAUAAUCGCUUCAAAGGCAGAAUUUAGAGAGAUUGAGGAUGCUUUUGUUUUUAACAAAAGGGUUUCAUACUUUGAAAAUUUUUGAGCAACUAGUUGUUCAUGUUAAGAGCAGUUGAUCCAUAAAUCUGGUGUGUCAGUGUUUCAAGCAGAAGUGAAUUUAAAUGUGUGUUUAGGAAGUUCUUAACUUGGAAGGUAUAUCAUUUUUCUUAAGAUGAAUGCUUAAAUUUUAUUUUUUAAGUAAUUUUUUAAAAGUUUAUUAAUGUGAAAUUUAUGAUGCAGAAUGAUAGCAUCAGAUGACUGCAAUUGAAAAAAUUUACUACUAUGAACCCCCAAAAUAUUCAGUUGCAAGAAUAUUUGAUUCUAAAAUUAUUCAUGGUAGCAUACCUAACACACCACUUUGAAACUUUUAAAAAAUACAGUUAGCACAUGUGCUGUGAAAACAUAUGUACAAAGAGAAAGGGGAAGGUAAAUUAUAAUUCCUACAACAAAGGCCGAGAAAUGAAAUAUUUUGAAGACCCCCAAAAUAAUGUGUUAUGGUUGGGAAGUCAGUAGAACACUGGACUAGGUGAAGACCUAACUAAUUUUUGUCUUAAGAAUGCUUUCUCCAAGACAGACCCUUUAACCUCACCUCUAUGCGUCUGUUUCUAAAGUGAUUAUAUUUGCCUCUGAUAUCUGAAAGCACUUUUAAUAAAAGUUUUGUUGAUGAAAAAUAUGUUAAACAUGUAUCUAUUGACAUUAUUUAGGAAAUAAUUUCUUACAUACUGUGAUAAAUCAUUGCUGUAACAUAUAGUAACAUGCCUUAAUUACAUUUAAUGCCUUACUGUUUUUUUAAGUAAAUACAAGUUUUAGAAUUAAAAUUAAGCAUUAUUUCAGAUGGUCCAAUAAGAUUCGUUACAUAGGCUAUACAAAUUUGUCUCCACUUUGACCAUCAAAGCACAAAUAAUUGGGUCAAAACUGCCUCUGAGGUCUGUUGAAGAAAAUGGUUCCUUAAACAAAAGCGAGUAGAGGUCUUUUGUAUUUUCAGUGACCGACAAAUUAUUUAGUAAUCCCUUAACCUGUUUUUCAGAGAGAAAAUAUCCAAUUUAGACUUUUUUCCUGAACAAUAUAUAUAGCAUCAAAUUGGGAAACAAAGGCCAAAGGUGUAUAGAUUGCUUGAAAGGGCAUGAUAUGCCUCUUUUUAAGAUCUGUUGAGUCAGCUACAGUCUGGCUAAGUAAGAAGCAUUUGCAUACUGAUUCCAUCAUUUAAUCUUUAAAAAUAUGUGUUUUAAAAAUGUAACCAGAAUGAUUCUUCACUAGAAAUGAGAUUUGGUGGAGUCUGGAUUGCCUGUUUUGUAUAUAAUAAACUAUAUACUUAAAGAUAUAUAAUACCACCUCAUUUUCUGGGCAUUAUUUCCUAAUUGUUGAUGUUUCAAGCUUUUGAUCAGUCAUUUUAUAUAUUUCAAAUUUCAAUCUUGAUACAAAGUGGCAUGAAUAAAUAUUUAUGGCAAAUAGAGUUUUAUAUACUUUCAGGAAAAGAAAAGUCAAACAUUAAAGCUUGCAGAUAUUAGAGGACCUUAGACAAUUACCAAAAAGUGUUUAAUAGGGAAGUUGCAAAUUGAUUCUUUUAGUAAAUUAAUCAUUUAAAAAAUUGUUUUAACGUGCCUUCAGCAUCUUGAAGAGUGUGAUAUAAUUUAUGCUCAGUGUUUUAACUGGCCAGUUUACAUUGUAUUUAUUAAGCCUGCUGAAAAAUGAGGUUUUAAGGAAGAAAAUGCAGAUUAUUUUAAGAUAAACCGGCCAGGUGUCAUUUGAAGAACUUUGUUUACAUCAAAUUAAUGAAAUUAUAGUCUGAUUCCUUUUUUGUUACUUGUACUUUGAAAUUGUUAUGACUUUGAUUUCCAAAAUACAUAAUUUAUUUUUAAAAAGGCAUAAAGUGUGCUGUGUACUUGUUGAUUAAAAAUCAUUUGUCUUGCAGACUAUCCUUUUCGAAGGAAAUAUACAUCCUUAUAACACAAUCAGGCAGGUUUUUUUCUAUAUUUAAAUUACAUGUUGAAUUAAUUGAAUAUAAUUUGAAUUACAUGUAAUUCUAUAUAAAGGUUACAUACUGAAUUAUGGUUCUAAGGUUUUGAAAAGAAAAAAAAUUUUCCAAGCGUUGAAUACAUUUGGAAUAAUUUUAGUUUCUAAGGAGUACUAAUGUAAGUUGGUAUCAAAUGCAAAUUACCCUGUAUAACUAAUUAACAAGCACAGUUAUUGUUUAAUAUUGUGGAUUUUGUGUUGACACCCUUAUUUGAAUUUGCAGCUUUACAUGUGUGUCUGUGUGUAUGUGUGCCUACACGCACGCAUGCUCUUGUAUGCAGUGUAAAAGUAACAACAGAAUCAUUGCAUUUGGUUCACUUAAAAUUUGGUAGUUAGCAAAUAAAGAAAAAGCUGAUAGUUUUAUGAAGUCUGCCUUAAAAUAAAAAUUUUUUUGUUGUCCCACUCCUAGAAAGUUAUGGGGUUCAUGUUUUCAAAGAUAUGUUAAAAUGGUUACAGACUCUGCUGCUCACAUUAAAAGACUCAUGUUAAAUUAUCUUCUCCAAAGGACUUAUUUACAGCUUUUCUUUUUCUGGGUUCUAACUGCUUGGUUCAGUGUCCUGAAGAGUUCUUUAAACGAACCACUACUUAGUUCUUUUUUAAAGUGUCUACUUCUAAAAUUACCUAGUUGGAAAUACGAGUAAAGGAUCCAGUCAGCGUUACACAGUAAAAGGUGGAGUUUUUUAAAGUAUGUAUUUAAAUGGUGCACUGUUUGGAUUCAUUCUUAAUCUGAGUUACAGAAAUGUUGCUCAGGUAAUCAGUAUUUUCUUCCACAUAUGUGCAUAUUGCACUGUUAGAUCAUGGAAAUAUCUGAAUGCUUUAAUUUUUAUGUAUGCAAAAUCUAUAAAUCUUUUGUAUAAUGUAUUUUAUACAAAUGUAACUGUAGAACAUGUUAGCAUGUACAUGUAUAAAACCAGUUUUUAAAAUUUCUUGCCCCUUAUUUUUCAUAUUUUGAAAGAUCUGCAACAUGUAAUAAAGUUUCUAUUAUUCAAUCU